GGGGUGUGGCCAGCGCUGGGGGCGGGACAAAGUAAAGUUUGCCCUAUGGGGAGGGGAGGGGAGAAGGGACUGCGAGUUAGGGAUGGGAUUUCUCUUAGGGGCGUGGCUUAUGAGCAUUGCUUUCCCGCCGACGGUUGACCGCGUCACGUGACAUGGGUUGGAAGAUGGCGUCUCCCACGGACGGGACAGAUCUGGAAGCAUCUUUGCUAAGCUUUGAAAAACUGGACCGUGCUUCACCAGACCUUUGGCCAGAGCAAUUACCAGGUGUUGCUGAAUUUGCAGCUUCCUUCAAAAGUCCUAUUACUAGCUCUCCACCCAAAUGGAUGGCUGAAAUAGAACGUGAUGACAUUGACAUGUUGAAGGAAUUGGGGAGCCUCACAACAGCUAAUUUGAUGGAGAAGGUACGAGGCCUACAGAACCUAGCCUAUCAGCUGGGGCUGGAUGAAUCUAGAGAGAUGACACGGGGGAAAUUCCUCAACAUUCUGGAGAAACCCAAGAAGUAGCAGCCGCAGGUGGACAGGACGUCCUGGAGUCUGGAUCCACGCGCCCCUCCAGGCGCAGCUCUGCCUCUGCACACAUCAUUGCUUCCUGAGAGAGGCCAGAGGACGCGCCUCCAGGACUGACCCUCUCCCCUGCUCCUGGCACUCUGCGCCUCUGAGGACAUUCGGCAGCUGGAGAAGAAGCUGCUCUCCCCAAGGAUCAGCGCAGUCACUCCAUCAGCGUCUAGACUUUGAUGGGCUCAGCCUCUGAUGUUGUACCACCAGAGGGCUUAUCAUCCUUAAAGGUCACGUCCAGAAAUGAUUCAGGAGCGCCAGAGCCUUACAGUCGAUAUGACUGAGGGAUGGCCAGGUCAGCUGUGGCAUGUCGAUUGGAUGGUUCUUUUGAGUUGUACUUGAUAUCGUAGGAAGUAUUUGUGAUGCAAGGAGACCAGAGACCAAUUAAGAUUCUGAACCAGGCCAUGCACCCUGUCCUAUAACCUCUCCAGGUAUACUAGGUUCCAAGAAUCCCCAGCUGGAGAAACCAGAAUCUUUUUGACAUACAUACCACUUUUACAUUUCUUCACCUCUUACGAUAGUCCCAUCCUCCUCGUCUCCUGCAUUCUCCAUCUUCCAGAGCCCUUCCUGUUAGUUCUGACUCCAGGACAGAGUCCCUGUUUAUUGAGCCCCUCCAGGGAUUAGCUUAUGUAGUGAAAGUUCCCUAAAAAACAAUAUAAAGGUGACAGGAAGGACUUUUGAAUUCUAACUAAUCUGUUAUUAGGAAAAGAAAUGUCACUAUGGCCUGAAACGUAGAAUGGAACUGUCUACAGGAGUUUCCAUUUGCCUAGAAACUCUAGUUGACCUUGAAGGGAUGUGCUAUGGGAUAGUGGCAAUGUUUUCAUCUCCCGUGUCCCCUCUGACAGCUCAUGUCAGAUAUUGCACCAUUCUAACACACACACACACACAAGAGUAUUUCCUGACUUCUGUACACGUCCUUUGGAGCUCUUUAUCACUUACCUAUCUCUAUAUUAAAACCUGAGAAUCUAGCUCAAGGGUAAAAUUGAUUAUGCCUGUUUUCUAGAUUGUCUUAUAAGCCAGCCUCCAGCCUCUUAAUAUUUUUUAAAAGUACAUGAACUCCGUUUCAUGAAGUUCCUAAACUUCAUGAAAAGAACAUUCCUGUGACAGUCAUGUGAAGGUGUUUGGAUGCAAGGGAAGUUAUGGUCAAGUGUUUGGUCCUGUGUGUCUGUGCACACAUAACUGCACAACUUAAUAGGUGGAACGCUGAGCGUUUUCUUGCAUUUGUGCCAUUUGACCCCCUGCAGUUUUGUUUAUUGAAAAGGGCACGGGGAGAAUUAAAUACAAGACACACAGGAUGAGUAGGAGAUGGAAAACAUUCUACUUGGGUUGUCGAGGCUUUGAUAUUAAGUUAAGCUUAUUAUUAACAUUCUUUAAUGUCUAAAUGCGGUUGAAGAGUGAUAGACUGUGUGUGUGUGAGAGAGAGAGAGAGAGAGAGAGAGAGAGAGAGAGAGAGAGAGAGAAUGGUGAUAGGGAAGGGCAAAAGGAGUGCCGUGUCAGAUUCUUCCUUUGCUUGUUUUUGAGAGUUGAUGACAUCAGGCACUUUUAAAUUCUUGGGGAAAUUGAAAGAUAUAUGGAGAUUAUUGAGAUACCUCUCCAAAACCAACUGAAUGAAGUUUGUAACCUGAAGCUACAUAGUUGGUUUUCUGGUCUGCUUUGACCUCUUUCUUUUACUGUCAUCUUACUCACCAGCACUUAAUGUAAGUAGAUGUUUUAGAAUUGUGCUAUUUAUUGGGUUUGUAUUUGUCGUCCUUAGAAAUGUUAAUGAUGUAUUUUUAUAUUGAUAAUAUGAAUUUAUGUACAAUGUGUGUGUGUGUAUGUAUUUCAGGGUGUUAGAGGAUUGUGCUUUGUAUAUGAUGGUUUCUGUGUCGUCAUAAUAAAUAA